AUGGGGACCAGGGACCUCCUAUUCUUAGCCCUGAUCUGCAGGCUAGCCUGGGCUGGGACAAUGGAGUCAUGUGCACACCACUGUGGAGAGAGAUUAAACAAGGCAGCUGACUGCCAGUGUAAUCAUCAGUGUGAGCAGCACAAGGACUGCUGUGAGGACUAUGAGAAACUGUGUACAAGUCAAGAAGAGCCCAAAGAAAUGGAGACAGAAAUGGAAUGGGAAGAAGAGGCAGCCCCAGCCAGCAAUCUGUACUUGGCACCUAAUUCUUGCCAUGGUCGUUGUCAUGAAACCUUUGACAAACACCAUCCAUGCCACUGCAAUUCAAAGUGCCAGAAGUUUGGGAACUGCUGUGAAGAUUAUGAGAGUCUGUGUGCCCAUGAUGGUUUCUCCCGAAGCAGCGAUGCCAUCACCCAGGAGGAACUCCUGACUAUCUCAGAGAAGAUCUACAAGGCAGACACCAACAAAGCUCAGAAGGAAGAUAUCAUUCUUAAUAGCCAGAACCGUAUCUCUCCCUCUGAGACAAAUGACCGGGUGGAUCGAUGCCCUGAGCCGCUCUACAGCUAUGUAAAUGAAGGACUCUUCUCCAAACCAACCUAUGCUGCAUUCAUCAACCUACUCAAUAACUACCAGCGGGUGACUGGUCAAGGAGAACAUUUCACUCCCCAGCAGCUUGGGGAACAGGAUACCUUCCUUCAAGAGAUAAUGAAGACAGCAGUCAUGAAGGAACUCUAUGGCUUCCUCCAUCAAAAGAACAGAUACAGUUCAGAGCAGGAAUUUGUCAGUGACCUAAAGAACAUGUGGUUUGGGCUGUAUUCCCGUGGCGGUGAUAAGUGUGACUCCAGUGGUUUUGAACAUGUUUUCUCAGGUGAAGUGAAAAAGGGGAAAGUGACAGGAUUCCAUAACUGGAUCCGCUUCUACCUGCAGGAGAAGGAAGGUCUGGUCGACUAUUAUAGCCACAACUACGAUGGGCCGUGGGACUCUUAUCCUGACGUGCUAGGCAUGCAAUUCCACUGGGAUGGCUACUACAAAGAAGUGGGAGCAGCUUUCAUCGGCAGUAGCCCCGAGUUUGAGUUUGCUCUCUAUUCCUUGUGUUUCAUCAGCAGACCUGGCAGAGUGUGCCACUUGAGCCUAGGUGGGUACCCCCUGGCCAUCCAGACCUAUCCCUGGGACAAGGUCACUUAUGGAAAUGGCAAGAAGUACAUUGCUACAGCCUAUGUGGUGUCUUCUAUGAAUUAGAGCUCUGGGCAAGGAAAGAACAUAAGGGACACUGGACGUCUUCCUCAGUUGUGGUGCUAUCUGCCCUGGUCUGGAGUUAGGAGGUGUCAUACCUGGAACUAUUUGAACUGGAGUUUUCAUCAAGAAAAUGACUGUGCAAGCAAAAGUCCUCAAGCCCAGAAAAAGCCCAAAAAAGAAAAAGAGGAAAGAUUUAAAUUAGGGGGAAAAACUCUCACAACAGAAGAAUAUUUAGACUAAUGUCCUCUAGUAUUCCUGCAGUGCAGACUAGUGGCUAAAAAUCUGUGAGUGGAAUAGCAAGAUAACUGGUUUUUUUACACCAAUAUGUAUGGAACAACAACAACAAUAAUAAUAAUAAUAUAUACAUACAUACACAUACAUAUAGAAUAUUAUACAUAUAUACCUAUAUACAUAUACACUCACACAUAUAUAUGUAUAUAUACUAAACCAGUCCACUGAUACAGACCUUAAAUAUACUGGAGAACUCAACCAAUAAACCAUAUGAGAACUAGAUAAUUAUCACGGACAAAACUGUCACCCACAAUUGUCCAGGCAUAACACUGAUUCACAAAUAUUUAAGAACAAUAUUUUAAUAGCUUUGACUAUAUUAAAAUUUCAUAAUCUCCAAACUCCAUGGAACAAAAAGUUUUCACAAUAUGAAAGCCUAGCAGAGGAGAUUAAAAUCGUGUAGGAACAGAAUGAGAUGCAUAUAAUCCCUGUUGUUCUAUCUUCUAUAAGAGCUGUAUCAAGGAUACUAUCAGAAAGCCUACAAAAGAUGACCCUGCCUCCUCAUACUUUUAUUCAACUGCUAAUAGUAGUUAUCUUGUGCAUCUUGAAAUAAUCUGUAGAACAGUAAAUGUAAAAGAAAAAUAGCAGGAUACCAACUUGUCCCAGGACUGUCUCUAUCUGACCUUCAUUAAAAAAGAUGAGAAUGAGAUGAUAAAAAUAAAAAUACUUUUGUACUUAUUGAGGCCAACCUCAAUAUUGAUAUAGCAAUGGGAAAAGGAUUACACAUAUUGAAAGACCUGUUUAACAUGGUUUGUUUUUCUUUUUUGGUGGUUUUUUUUUUUUGGUGGAGCCAUAUAGCUUGACGUCAUCCACUGACAUCAAGUGAGUAAUACGAUUUUUAGUUCUAUUUAGGAUAGAUCCCAAUGGAUUCAAGACUGGACAGAACCAUGAUGGACUUAAACAAUCUCCCUGAAAAAUACCGUGUUUUAUAUCAGUCCAGUCUUAUGUCAGUGGCAUGGUUUUUAAAAAGUUUUCCACGUAAGCAUCAAAUACUUUAUGUCAUUCACACAAUACUUGAGUCUGUUUUUUGUAAAUGUGCAAUACACAAGCCACAUACAUACAACUAACUCAAAGGACUUGUAAUUGUCAAUAAAGGCAGUUUAAAUGUCACAGUACUUUUUGUGACAUGUUCAAUAAUUAUCAAAUGGAUAAUAAGUUGUUCUUUAUACUCGUGGGACUUCUUAACACACCCUUUUUGCUCCUCAGAUAAUUUAUUGUUUCCUUGUGUGUAUGGAUUUUUUUUUCUUGUGAGACAAGCUGUGAAUGCUUUGUUUAAAGGACAUGAUCUGUAUUUUGACUGUUGUUCUUAUCUUUUGUUAGUAGAAAUGUUAAGAAAGAUGAAAUCAGGCUUAUGCCUGAGAAGAAGCUAAGAAAGUGUUUUGCUCUUAAUCCAUGUGCCACUGUGAAGUGUUUGAGCCAAUGAUUAUAUAGCUUACCUGGCCCUAUUGCUUUCUAGUUUUGAAGAAAAGCUAGAGUUUCUGUCUCUUCUUUGGACAUAAUUCUCCUAUCGUUCAUUAUACUGACAUUGCACAGCUUUCUGUUUUUGUUUGAUCCAAUGUAUAUUUUCACUCUAUUGGAUUUCUUGUAACCAUAGAGAUAAGCAGAAGUUGUCCAUAUUCUGCUUCUUUACAGGGGGUCCUCUCUACCUUUAAUUUCUUUAAUACUUAAGACUCUGUAAUAAAGUUUUGUUUGAUAUUGAAUUAUUGUUGUUGUUCUUUUGCUCUCCUUAUAUUGCCUGAAACUUAUAACCUUUGUUUUUAAUUACCAAUUGAGGGAAUCUCAAAUUUCUGAUGUAUUUUUGUUUUCAGAAUUCUUUCUGGGCUGUUUUUUUUUUGGUUAUCUUUAAUUGGGCAACAUGUCAUUCAAGUUCUCUAUUACAUGUCCCAACCAGAUAUGAACAAAAUCUUCCAAUGCCUUUCUGUUCAAUAGCUCCCCGAAGUCACUUCAGUCAUGAUGGUGUUUGAUGUAUGUGUUUAAUAGUAUUACUUAAUAGGUCCACAGUUCCUCCUAUAGUUUUUGUUGUUGCAAUGGCCCCUGCAUAUGCCUAGGACAGUGCCUGGCACAUAGUAAUCACUUAAUAAAUACUUGUUAAUUAAUUGAAUAAUUGUGUGCAUAUCCUGAAAUGGUUUUAUACUUUUGAUUAUUCA